AGGGAUGAUUCAACAGUUCUUAGUUAAGGUAAUAACAUAUUUUAAUAUUGAAAAUGAGUAGACUAUUCCUUUAACAUCAAAGCACUUCUUAUCUGAGAUGACAUGCACACUUUUGUUUUAUGAUUUCUUUGUCCUCAACCUACCACAAUCAUUUCUUACUGCGGCAUUUGCCAUUUUCUAAUUUUGCGAAAGCACGGCUGGGUUCUUUAAAAAAAAAAAAAACUUGAUAACAUUGAAUAUUAACUAAAAUGCAAUAAAGUAGUAAUCAAUAAUAGUGACAUUUAAUGCAGCCUUAUGAAAUAUUGAUCAGUAGCAUUGACAAAUCUUCAGUGGAAAAAAUUUAAACAUAUCAGUGGAAAAACCUUAUAAGUGAAAACAAUCAUAUAGCAUCAAUGUAUCAUGUCAAUUAAAACAACCAUAGUAACUUACUUUUUUAAGUUGAACCAACAAAUACAUUUUUUACAAGUGAAUCAAUCUUUUCAACUUUUUCUCCCAUAUGUGCAAAAUGUGAAAUAGCCAAACAAGCUUAAUGCGGUUUAGUAUAAAUUCUGUGUCAGCCUUUCGAUAUUCUAAUGCAGUUUAUGGCUGUAUAAGUGAAAUGUAUUGUCCGUCCCGUUUGUUUAACUGGACCUAAUCGGUUCUCAGUAUAUGAAUGUGAAUUUUUGUCAUUUUAUUAAUCAAUAAUAAAUUUGAAUACUUCAUCUUUGAACAAGUGUGCAUUCAUUUUAAAUCCUAUUAAUUUUUUUGAAGUAUUGUUUAUGUUCUCUUUAUACUUGCUACCUAGUGACUAACAUUACCUCAGUAAUGCCAUAUUUGAGAUUUAGGAUUAGAAUAUCUGUGAAUAUCAUACAGGUGGUUAUAUUUGAAUGUUUCUUAUUUUGUCUUUUUGGAAACUAGAUAACUCUUGGUUAAGUUUGCAUGGGCAAAAGCAGCUUGGACACGAUGUGAACCCCACAGUCUAAAAUUGUCACAUUAUUUUCAUAUCCCCUUUAUUUUGGCCUAAAUGUGUUUGAUAUUUUGCGUAUUUUCAAAGACUGACAUAAAUUGAUCAGAGAAUAUCAAAUCAGUUUUGUGAUAUGUUUUUGUAUAAAGUUUUAUAUGCAGGUAUAUGAGACCCGAUAUCUCUGUGUAGAAGUUUGAAGAGAGUCGUCUUAGAAAUGGUAACAUAUUAAAGGCCGUACCCUGCCCUGAUCUCUCUAGCAACAACCACAUAAUGAAUGAUCUCUCUCUCUCUCUCUCUCUCUCGCGCUCGCUCACUCCACCCCUCUUCAGUGGUGUAUAAGUACAGUUGUCAUCUUUCUCCUCAUAAUUUCUCUUCAGAUUCCUCCACAGGAUUUGACUCCUGAUCUCUGAGGAUGGAUAACGCCACAUACAGCUACGUGAAUGACUGCACUCCGCUCACUAACUGUAAGGCUGGCCGUAAGGCGGGGGGCUCGACCGUGGUCAACAUGGGCCAUGCAGGCAAGAAACCCCCAAACGAUUAUCUGAUCUGGUCUCUCUGUAACACUCUCUAUGUCAACUUCUGCUGCCUGGGGUUCAUGGCUCUCAUCUACUCCAUCAAGGCCCGAGAUCAGAAAACCCUGGGCGACAUGCGGGCAGCGCAGGAAUGCUCAGACAAGGCUAAGUGGUACAACAUUUUGGCAUCGGGCUGGAAUCUCCUGAUUCCUCUGUUGUUUCUGGGUAUGCUGGUCCUGCUCAUUGUUCAUCUGGGCAGCUCACAGGGAUCGUUUGAUUUCUUCGGUGAAGAUGGAUUUCAGAGCUUCAUGAACCUGUUCAGCAGGUAGACAGAUGACACAAGGAAUCACAAGAUAAAAACUCAACCUUCAGGACUGUAAACUCCUACACCUCUCUGACAACAUCUUGGUUUCUUUAUCUAUACCGUGAAUUAUUAUUAUUAUUAUUAUUAUUAUUUAGAUUGUUUUAUUCAUUAUAAAUGUCAGUAUACUAUAUGUUAACUGAUAUCUACUUUAUGUUUCUAUUUUAUACAGCAAAUUGGUAUAACAGUAUUUAAUAAAAUAUUUAAUGUCCUCCAUAUUAUUUUCUUUUGCACGUGUUUCUUUGCACGGAUUUCAUCACUUUUGUCUAAAAAAAAAAAACAUUAAAUGAGUAGCGUAAAAUUUACAAACAAAAUGUAUUUUUAAUUAUUUUCUCUGACUUGAAUGAGUUUUGUGAAACACUUGCAUGUUAAAAAAUGUACUUGAAAAUAAAACCACAGACAUUUCAACCUUAAAUGCAAUGCUUGACAUAAUCCAUAACCACAUCACAUAAAUCAAAGCCAUAACUUAUGCUAGCUUUAUCUCUAUGGUAGAAAACACAGGUUAACAGGUUAAGUUCUGUGUUAUCCAGCUGUAUGUUUUUCAUGAGGUUUGUGUUUCUUAUGUUUUAAAGACAGAGCGAGUGCUGUGGUUUAGGUCUCAUAUGUCUCUGUAUGGUCUGUAAUGUUGGGCCGUGUGGCCUGUGCUUACAGUGGUGACUCCUCCCAGCCGUGUGGGUAUUUUUACCAUUUAAAUGACAGAGUUUUGUGCCAGCCUUCACUCCCCUUCUAUUUAAGUCAAUAUGAGAAGUGGACACAGAUGUGCAGAGACUCGAUUA